AUGGACUUGGACAGACACUUCGACGAGAUGUCGCGCCGGAUAGAUCGCGCGCUCGCCGAAUGUCGUCGCGACAUGCAGCGAUUCGAGGAGAGCUUCUUCCCAAGCUCACGUUACGGCCAAGCACAACGAGUAAUCAACGAUGAUCGAAAAUUUGCUGUUACACUGGAUGUGUCACAAUUUCACCCGGAUGAAGUGAAAGUAAAUCUUAAAGGACGAGAUCUAAUUAUCGAAGGACGCCAGGAGCACAGAGAUGACAACAGUUACAGAAAAAGAUCGUUCGUUCGAAAAUGGCAAUUACCGGAAGACUCUGACGUGGACGCAAUAAAUUCGCGGCUAAGUGCCUCAGGAAUGCUUUCCGUCGAAGUGCCGAAAUUCUCGUCGUCAGGCGGUGGUCCGUAUCGCACAACCGUUCAAGUUAAGCAGCCGACGAGAACACACCGAGAGACGCAUAUCGACUAA